AUGACUUUCGACCUUUCCAAAAUUGUGAGACCCAGAAUUUUCAGUUUGGAGCCUUAUCGCUGCGCAAGAGACGAUUUCAAAGAAGGAAUUCUUUUAGACGCAAACGAAAAUCCUCAUGGGCCCACACUAAAGGAUACCAAAGGAUAUUCAGACCUGAAUAGGUACCCUGAUCCUCACCAGCUUGGUUUCAAGACGAAAAUUGCAGGACUCAGAAAUGCGCAGUCAAGCUUCAAGAAUGAGAACUUGGACCCAUUGACCUCGGACAACGUUUGCUUGGGUGUGGGGUCUGACGAAAGUAUUGAUGCAUUGAUACGUGCAUGUUGUGUUCCAGGCAAAGAAAAAAUAUUGGUUAUGCCUCCUACUUACGGCAUGUACUCCGUUUGUUCCGACAUCAAUGAUGUGGACUUGGUGAAAGUGCCACUGGUCGUGGAAGAUAAUUCAUUUCAGAUGAACCUGCCAUUGGUGCUGGAAACGCUGAAAAACGAUAAAAGUAUAAAAUUGGUCUUCAUCACAUCACCAGGGAACCCCACCGGAGCAUUGGUGGAUCCUAAAAAAAUCGAGGAGCUAGCUUCUCAGUGGCAAUCCGGGAUAGUGGUCGUUGAUGAGGCUUACAUUGACUUUGCCGUUACAGGAGGAUCUGCUGCUCCAUUGGUAAACAAGUUUCCCAACGUUGCUGUACUACAGACGCUAUCUAAGUCUUUUGGUCUAGCAGGAGUUAGACUUGGUUUAACCUUUACUUCAAAACAGCUGUCCAAGGUUUUGAAUGCCAUGAAAGCCCCAUACAAUAUUUCUUCUUUGACUUCCGAAAUUGCUUUACGCGCUAUGGAACCUGAAUCCAUUGAAAUCAUGAAGAAUACUGUGCAUGAAGUAAUUGAACAAAGAGGCCGCGUCUUGAAAGAACUCACAUCCUUAGAUCAAGUUUCAAAUACGCAAAUUGGUGGUCUAGAUGCGAACUUCAUAAUGGUUCAAAUUUUGGACUCGGAUUCCAAACCUUGUAACAGGUUGGCCAAAACUCUUUACAGUAAGCUCGCUACUGAAUCUAAGGUAGUGACAAGAUUCAGAGGUACGGAAUACGGAUGUGUUGGGUGCCUGAGGAUUACUAUUGGUACCAAAGAUGAGAACGACCAUUUGGUUAAGGAAUUUACAAAAAUUCUUGAAAACCUGAAGAAUUAG